AUGGCAGCAGUAGGAGCCCCGGGGCCAGCGGUCAGUGACUGUAUGACCAAGGUGGCACUGAGCAUCUCCUGUGAUAAUCUGCUCGACAUGGAUACCUUCUCAAAGUCUGACCCUCUGUGUGUGCUUCACAUGAACAGCUCAGGGCCUCACUGGUGUGAGAUUGGCCGGACGGAGAAAAUCAAAAACUGCCUUAAUCCCAAGUUCUCCAAGACUUUUGUCAUCGAUUACUACUUUGAGAUGGUGCAGAAGCUGAGGUUUGAAGUGUACGACAUUGACAGUGAUAACCACAGUCUGCAAGAUGCGGACUUCCUUGGAGAACUGGAGUGUACCUUGGGACAGAUUGUGUCCUCAAGGAAACUAACAAGACCACUUGUCAUGAAGGACAAGAGACCAGCAGGGAAAGGAACCAUCACUAUAUGUGCUGAAGAAAGAACAGACAACAGGGUGGUGGAAUUUGAAGCUGCCGGUAGAAAACUGGAUAAAAAGGAUUUCUGGGGCAAGUCUGACCCUUUCCUGGAAUUCCACAAGCAGACAGAAACUGGAUGGCAGCUCGCUCACAGGACAGAGGUGGUGAAAAACACCCUAAACCCAGUGUGGAGACCGUUCCGCAUCCCGAUGCAGUCGCUAUGUGGAGGUGACGUGGAGAAACCUAUAAAGGUAGAUUGCUAUGACUACAACAGCAGUGGAUCUCAUGACUUUAUUGGAUCCUUUGAGACUUCACUCUGUGCAAUUCAGCAGGCAUCGCAAACAUAUGCGGCCGAGUUUGAAUGCAUCAACAGUAAGAAGAAACAGAAGAAGAAAGGAUACAAAAACUCUGGGGUUAUCGUAAUAAAGAAAUGCAAGACAGUGAAGGAGUAUAGUUUCCUGGAUUACAUAAUGGGCGGCUGUCAGCUUAACUUCACUAUUGCUAUUGAUUUCACAGGCUCCAACGGGGAUCCCAGAACCCCUCAGUCCCUCCAUUACAUCAGCCCUCAGGGCUAUAAUGAGUACCUGGCUGCUAUCUGGGCAGUGGGAAAUGUCAUCCAGGACUAUGACAGUGACAAGAUGUUCCCUGCUUUUGGAUUUGGAGCCAAGAUCCCUCCUACAUGGCAUGUCAGCCAUGAGUUUCCCAUUAACUUCAACCCAUCAGAUCCGUUUUGUGCAGGUGUAGAGGGUGUGGUCCAUGCCUACCAGCAGUGUCUGCAGCAAGUGAAGCUUUACGGUCCCACAAACUUUUCCCCAAUCAUCAACCAUGUAGCCCAUUUUGGCCGACAAGCCAUGCAGCAGGAAACUGCCUCUCAAUACUUUGUUCUGCUGAUCAUCACUGACGGAGUGAUCACAGACAUGGAUCAGACACGUAGUGCCAUCGUCAACGCCUCUCGCCUGCCCAUGUCGAUCAUCAUUGUUGGAGUAGGGGGAGCAGACUUCGAUGCCAUGGAGUUCCUGGACGGAGACGAUGGAAUUUUACGCUCUGCCACAGGCGAGGCUGCCAUGCGGGACAUUGUGCAGUUUGUGCCUUUCAGGCAGUUCCGUGAUUGUCCUCAAGAAGCGCUUGCUCAGAGCGUCUUGGCAGAAAUCCCGGGUCAGGUGAUGGGUUUCUUCAACACCAUGAAACUGAGGCCACCCCACAGCGACACACCUCUACCUGACCUCUCAGCAUCCGCACCCCCGAGUGAAAUGUCUUGAGGAUGGCAUGCAGCAUCCACUCUGUCAGCCAUGGUUUGAUUUGUAAAUACUAUGUACUAAUAUUUUAAAGCCAUACUCAUUGUCAUUGUCACGCAUUUUCUAACAUUUUUUCAAUGUGCACUUAAUGUAGAUAUUUAAUUUGACUCUUGCAUACAACUUUAUGUGACUCAAGUCAGUUAAUCAGUUCAGUUUUUAUUUGUCACGUGAUCAUAUAAGGUCCAAUUCCAGUGAAAUGUAAACCCGCCAGUUCCUUCAAGACACGAUUGUUAAGAAUUUAAGAGUUUAGGGCAUUACUUGAAACCAGUAUAAGUUACGCCAAGGUCUAGGUAUAUGUGGAACAAUUGAGGCAACUAACAGCAGUCAUCUCAUGAGUCUGUCAGAUGUAUGUAUGAAAGGGCUGGCGUACUUAAUGUGUCCUACAUGUUCCUGCUAAUACUUCCUCAAGCAUCUCCAUAUUACAGUAACCACUUGCUGGUUUAUACACUCUCAUAUUUCCCUGGGAAAUGAAGCAUGCAUUUCCUUUGAAAUCAGGGCCUCGGACAAUACAGUGACUAUCAAAUGCAAUUCAGUGAUGUUUACAUAGUGGAUCCAUACACAAUGGAUUAAUCGUUUGCCUAAACCAAUGCCUUUUGUAGAUUUUACACAACAAAGAGGAUUACAGUGUGUCCUUGGUGCUGUUUUGUACUUUAAUCAGUUUCCUUUUCUUUUUUUAAAUCAAGUUUCAUAUUUGAUUUGACAUAUAAGCGUUAAAGAAGGAGAAGCUAUUAUCGGUGAGCUUCAUUUCUUUAAAAUGCAUGUUUGUACACUAGAAGUUCACUCUGUCUUAAGAGGAGAAAGUAAAACUUCUCACUUUACUGACUGUUAUGAAAAUGGCCUUGUACAUUUUACUGAGUGUAUAUUUGUUGUUUGGAUAAGUUGUUUGCACCGAUCACUGAGACAUUGUCUUAUGUAUUGUAGUUAUCUUUGUCUUGGACUUUGAUUUUAUCAAUAUUUUAUGUAAACAUGACAGCAAUGUAAAAGAGAAAUUAUAUUGUACCUACUUAACAGCCGGCUUCUACUUCAAUAUUUCUAUGUGAAAUUAUACGAUAAUUUGAAAGAUUUUUGUUGUUGUUUUGUUUUGCUCGUGCCUUCAUCUCAUGACAUUUAAAAAUACUACAUGUAUUUUAACAAAGUAGUGAUUUAUAUUCACAACCAAAUUGAUUUAACUCUGGACUUCAGACUUGCAACUAAAUAAACACCUACUCUAUCUGUUUUUAA